UGCGAUUUGCGAUCAUCCCUGUGUUUCAGUUCCACCCUAACCGAGAAUAUAUAGAGGCGGUGGUGGACUGAUGGAGACGUGAGGCAACACAGAGGCGACCUGGGGGAUUGAUCGGUCAGGCUUCGCCCGAUUUGAGGAUGGCGUCUUCGUUUCUGAAGUGGCUCACCGACCCCCGUCGGAACUGGUUUGCGGCCCAGCACUACAAAGCCAUCUCCAAUCGCCUUAAGAGAUAUGGGCUGAGAUAUGAGGAUCUGUAUGAUCCGAUGUACGAUCUGGACAUUAAGGAGGCCCUGAACAGGCUGCCGCGCGAAGUGGUGGACGCCAGGAACCAACGCCUUAAGCGUGCCAUCGAUCUAUCCAUGAAGCACGAAUACCUACCCGAGGAUUUGCAGGCAUUGCAGACACCUUUUAGAAGCUAUCUCAAAGAUAUGCUUGCCCUUGUUAAAAAGGAGAGUGCAGAGCGCGAGGCGUUGGGAGCUCUCCCCCUGUACCAGCGCACAAUUACUUAAACCCUUCUCUUUCCGUAGCCACUGCUCGCUUAACUGCAAUGAAAUAAAAUUGCAGCGACUCUUUGCAUCAAGUUUUGCUUAACAUUACUUUUCACUGGCGACGACGAUGAUAAUUGAACCUUUCAAUGAAUUUCCUAUAAGUUCCUCUAGUUAAUAAUACGAAUCUUCUUGUGUAAAGAAAUGUAUCUUUUACUAGUUUUGGUUUUUAUCUUCAAAACCU